UCCGGUAAGUGUGGUGCUGAAACGCUGGAUCAGAAACCGCCUGCAGCGCUGUGGACCGCCUGCACGCAGUCCUCCUGCAUGGAGCCGCGACACGGAUCUCCCAGCAUGAUGAGGCUGAAAGUUCAGGGGGCUCCGAAGGAAGAACCGCGCCGUGGAUAACUAUGAAGGAAAUGUUUGCCAAGUGCUUUUCUUUUCUUUUCUAAUCUGUCCGCCCCCCACCUCCUGAGUCGUCUGGAGGUGUAUAUAACUUACCACCAACAUGAUUUGGGGUGUUUUGCUGUGCUGCCUUUUAACAUUAGCAGCUGGAUAUCAAACCCAGGGUCGACUGCCUUUCUUUCACGGCCAUAUUUUUGAGAACUCGCMGGCAGGUUCCAAAGUGAGCGGACUGAGCAUUCCGGUGAGGCGCAUCAACGCGCAAAAAUGGUGCCAGCUCUCCGGGAUGCGCUUCAAACUGCACGGGAAUGGCAGUGAGGAUUUCCGCGCCUUCGCCCACCACAAGCGGGGGAACGUGUUACUGAAAACUUCCAGGGUUUUGGACCGGGAGGCUCGCUCCGAGUAUCUGCUGAGCGUGGGUCUGUGCUGCCAGACGUGCGCGUCGGAGUCCUCCGUCGUGGAGGUGGCGUCGGUAAAAGUGGACGUACUGGACACCAACGACCACGAGCCGACCUUUGCCCGCGCGGACAGCAUCCGCAUCCGUUUGGACGACACCGCGGCGCUGCGCAGCGCCGUCUACAAGCUGCGGGCUGCGGACGGAGACAGCGGGAGGAACGCGGAGUUAACGUACGCGUCCGUCCCCAAAAACGGCACUUUCUACGUAGUCCCGAAAACAGGCGAAGUUCUGCUGGUGGACUCAAUCCUGGGGUUCCCCUCCACAAUCAGGUUCUAUGUUUACGCCAGAGACCACGGCUGGCCCUCUCUGACCAGCGAAGCCGUGCUGGUUACUGUUGAGCCAAAACGGUGGGGGGCGCGUCCGGCUGACGCACCGGGGCCACGGAGGGCAGCGCGGAUCCCGAGGUCGCUCCUCGAGCCCGGCACCGUGUUGACCCUCAACGUGUCCGAAGAUGCGGGCAUCGGGUCGGUCAUAAUGAGCCUGAGUCCCGCCAGGUUUCAGUCAGCCGCCUACGAGCUGGUUUACCCGGAGCUGGAGGGCUCUCCGGUGUCGGUGGGACGCGACACUGGAGAUGUCACCAUAACCCGGAGGCUGGACAGGGAGACGGAACCUGUGGUGGAGCUUACUGUUAAGGUUCAAGACAAACGAGGCCCAGACUGGUACCUGAACAAGGUGAAGCUGAAGAUCACCGAUGUCAACGACAACGUCCCUGAGUGGAAUAUGAAGCCUUACCCCUACCUGGCUGUUGUGUCUCCUGAGGCCCCUGCAGGAUCAUUUGUCUACCAGCUGGAGGCUAUAGAUGGGGAUGAGGGCAAAAGUGGAGAAGUGGAAUAUUUCCUGUCAGACGGCGGUGACGGCUGCUUUGCUGUAGACAAAGAGACAGGCCAGGUGCUGACCACAGGGCUGGUGCUUCAGAGAGACAGAGAGUACCUGUUAAGCGUGGUGGCCAUUGAUGGUGUGGGAAGUCGCAGCGCACCUGCUAUGCUCUCUGUGGUGGCAGGAGCCAGAGCGCCGCAGUUCACCAACACCAGCUACGCCAUCUCCAUACCGGAGAACACACCUGAAGGACAGCCCUUCCUUUUGGUGUUAGCUAUUUCCUUCCAGAAGCAGCAAAUCAGCUACAGCCUGCUGAUCAAUCCCAGCAGCCUUUUCAGCAUUCGACAGGAGACGGGGGAGAUCAGUCUGACCAGGACGCUGGAUUAUGAGAGCGAUCAGCGACGCUACCUUCUGAUGGUGCGAGCCAGUGAGGAGCCUGGCAGUCUCAGCUCGGCCACGGAGGUUCAGGUGUUGAUAACGGAUGAGAACGACUGCGUCCCAGAGUUCCUCCAGUCCAUCUAUAGUGUCGACGGAGUUCCUGAGACUGUAACCACAGCGACGUCCCUGCUGCAGGUUUUAGCCUCGGACUGUGACUCGGGGUUAAACGCGGAGCUCACAUAUUACACCCUGAGCCCGGAUUUCAGCAUCUCACCCCACGGGACCGUGUUCCCCGCGAGGCGGCUCGACUACGAGAGGCCCAACCAUUUGUAUGAGUUUGUGGUGAUGGCGGUGGACGGCGGGGAUGAGCCUCAUUCUGGUACUGCCACGGUGCGAGUGAGGAUGGCAAACGUCAACGACGAAGCCCCCGAAUUCUCCCAGCCUGUAUAUCGAACAUUUGUUUCGGAGGACGCGGGCCCCAACACUCUUGUUGCCACAGUCCUGGCCAAGGACCCAGAUGGUGACGGUAUAAUUUACUCCAUAACAGCCGGCAACGAAGAAGGAAACUUUGUCAUUGACAGCCAGAAAGGGUUGAUCCGUCUCCGCUCCACUACUCUGCCCAAGCUUCAAGGCUUGGAGUACGUCCUGAACGUAACAGCCACAGAUGACAACGCAUCAGGAGGGUCUCACCCUCUCACCUCCACCGCCCGGGUCAUCGUUGGAGUCGAUGAUGUUAACAACAACAAACCAAUAUUUGAAGAGUGCCAGCAGUACCGGGAGCAGGCUUCAGUGCUGGAGAACCAGCCAGCAGGGACUUUUGUGUUGCAAGUGCAUGCAGUGGAUGCAGAUGAGGGAGCAAAUGGAAAAGUCAAAUAUGGCCUAAUGCACAGAGACAGCGCCAUGCCCGCCUUCAGAAUCCAUCCAGAUUCAGGAGUGAUCGUGACAGCCAGGCGCUUCGACAGGGAGCGGCAGAGAGAGUAUUCAAUUACAGUAACGGCCACUGAUUGGGCUGAGGAGCCGCUCAUCGGCAUCUGUCAGCUCGCUGUCCAGAUAUUGGAUCAGAAUGAUAACAGCCCCAAGUUUGAGAAUUUGCGCUACGAGUACUUCCUGAGAGAAGACACCUUGGUCGGUACCAGUUUCCUCCGUGUGGCGGCUCACGAUGACGACUUCGGCACUAAUGCUGCCAUUGCUUACUCCAUGUCGCUGGAGCAGCCCGAGUACCUUCGGGUCAACCCUGUCACUGGAUGGGUCUAUGUUAACCAACCCAUAUCUCAGAGGACCUAUAUCACACGAGACAUUACAGCAACGGAUGGAGGAAAUCGCAGCACUUCUGUGGAGCUGGCAGUCACCAUCACUAAUGUGAAAAACCAGCCCCCACAGUGGGAAAAACAAAGUUACAACGUCGUCAUACCUGAGAACACUGCCAGGGACACACCCAUAGUGACAAUCAAGGCAACCUCUCAGCUGGGUGACCCAAGAGUGACCUACAACCUUGAGGAUGGGAUGGUUCCUGAAACCAACAUGCCAGUUCGUUUCUACCUCUCCCCGAACCGUGAAGACGGCUCUGCGUCCAUCCUGGUGUCAGAGCCGCUGGAUUACGAGACCACUUCUUUUUUCUCACUCCAGGUCCGGGCCCAGAAUGUGGCUGCAGUGCCUCUUGCUGCAUUCACAAGAGUAUAUGUUAAUAUUACAGAUGUCAAUGACAACGUGCCAUUUUUCACAUCCUCAAUUUACGAGGCUUCCGUAACAGAAGGGGCCCAGAUUGGGACUUCAGUACUCCAAGUGUCUGCCCAUGACAAAGACCUGGGACUUAAUGGAGAGAUCACUUACUCUCUGCUUAGCGACAGCAGUGGUGACCACAAUUUCUUUCGUAUCGACCCAAAAGAUGGGAUCAUCUUCACAGAGGCUGUGUUUGACCGGGAGGCCCGCAGCUCCUACCUGCUGGAAGUUCAGUCAGAAGACGGCCAAGAAUCAGCACGACCUGGAAAAAACAAACAGCCCAACACUGACACAGCAUAUGUGAGGGUUUUCAUCAGCGACGUCAACGACAACAAGCCUGUCUUUGCUCAGCGACUGUAUGAAGUCCAUGUCGAUGAGAAUGCAGAUGUGGGCUUGGCCAUUGUUACCGUUAGUGCUAAUGAUGAGGAUGAAGGUGCCAAUGCCAAGCUGCGUUACCAGAUAACGUCUGGCAACAAAGGCGGCGCUUUUGACAUUGAACCGGAAGUGGGAACAAUCUUUAUUGCACAGUCGCUGGACUAUGAGAAGCAAAAAAGGUACAAGCUCCUGGUUCUAGCYUCCGACGGCAAGUGGGAGGACUACGCUGCUGUUGUUGUCAACGUUGUUAAUAAGAAUGACGAGGCACCUGUGUUCUCCCUGAGCGAGUACUACGGAUCAGUCACAGAGGAGCUUGAUGGAUCACCUGUGUUUGUGUUACAGGUGACGGCCACCGACCCGGACAAAGAUGCGGACCAGGGCGCCAUACGUUACUCCAUCCACGGCCAAGGGGCGGAGACGCAUUUCAUGAUCAACGACAUCACGGGGGAGAUGUACGCCCAGCGCACCAUGGACCGAGAAGACCGCGCCGUUUGGCGAUUCGUCGUAAUGGCGACGGACGAAGAAGGCGAGGGACUCACUGGCUUUACGGACGUUAUUAUCAACGUGUGGGACAUCAACGACAACGCCCCGACCUUCUUGUGCGCGCCUGAUAACUGCCACAGUAACGUGGCCGAGAACUCGCCCCCCGGAACGAUUGUUGUGGAAAUGACAGCGGUCGAUCUCGACGACGCAGCUGUAGGUCAAAACGCCAUCCUCACGUACCGGAUUACAGAGAAUGCGCGCAAUUUGAACAGCGCGGAGCUUUUCGCGAUCGACUCCAGCACYGGCACCGUAUCGGUGUCGGCGGAAGGUUUGGACCGGGAGCUCGCCGACAGCCACCAGGUGGUGGUAGAAGCCAGGGACGGUGGCGGCAUGGUAGGCACGGCCACCGUCACUGUUGUGGUAACGGACAUCAACGACCACGUACCGAAAUUUAAAGAGGACUGGUGCAGCGCUCGUGUUCCUGAGAGCAUGCGCGAGGAUGCUCCUCUACUGGAGCUGAGUGCUGUGGAUCCUGACGAUGGCACGUACGGGCAGCUGGCGUUCAGCGUGGURGCGGGGGAUCCGGAGCAGCGGUUCUACAUGGUCAGCAGCAGAAUGGAGCAAAAAGGCACUUUGAGGCUGAAGAAGAAGCUGGACUUUGAGCAGCCCGAGGAGCGACGGUUUAACCUCACCGUCAUGGUGGAAGACUCUGAUUUUUCCAGUGUUAUUCACUGUUUGAUUCUGGUGGAGGAUGAAAACGAUAACGCCCCCSUGUUCACCCCGAGCUCUCACCUGCUCCCCCCUGUGCCCGAGGACGUAACUGUAGGAACCAGCAUCGUUCAGGUGGAAGCAACGGACGCUGACUCGGGCCUGAACGGGGACCUGUUGUACAGCAUCCUUUCUAACUCGGACCCUUUUGGACAUUUYACCGUCAGCCGUGCCGGUGUCGUCACCGUCACCAAGCCACUGGAUAGGGAGACGGUGGCGGGCUACGAGCUGGUUGUCAUGGCGACAGACCGCGGCACACCACCGCUGACUGGCAGCGUCACGGUCCACUUGCCSCUGCUAGACAUGAAUGAUAACAGCCCCGAGCUGGAGGCGGUCUACAGGCCUGUGCUGUGGGAGAACGGCCCCGCACCUCAAGUGGUCUGGCUGAACAGGAGCUCCACUCUGCUCCACGUUGUGGACAGAGACUCUCCAGAGCACGGGCCUCCUUUUGCUCUGUCUCUGCCGUCGGCUUUCUCCGCCGACUUCCACCUGCAGGAUCACGGGAACGGCUCUGGCACRCUCACCACCCUGCGCAGGUUCGACAGGGAAAGGCAGAGCGAGUUUCACUUGCCAGUAAUAAUGAUUGACAGCGGCGCUCCGCCGAUAACGGCAACAAACACUCUCACCAUCACUAUUGGCGAUCAUAAUGAUAACGCCCAUCAGGCAGGAGAGAAAGAUGUCUAUGUUCAUAGCCACAAGGGAAGGAUAGGAAAUGCAGCACUAGGGAAGGUGUAUGCCCCAGAUCCAGAUGACUGGGACAACAAGACCUACAGUCUGGAGACGAGUGCAGCCAAGUAUUUCAGUCUGAACCGGAGCUCAGGAGUUCUGUACCUUCAGCAGAACACGCCAGCUGGCAGCUACUGGCUGAGAGUGGGCGUGUCUGAUGGGGUGUGGCCCGAUGUGACCUCCGGAGUCAGGGUUCACGUCAGGGAGUUGGAUGAAAAGGCCGUCCUGUCGUCGGCCUCGCUGCGUUUGACAGGCAUUACAGCGAGAGAGAUUAUCGACUCCAGCGAUGAAGGGAAGAGUCGGCUGGAGGCUUUUUGGGACUUCCUGUCUGAAUCCCUGUCUGUCAGACCAGGAAGUAUCAACAUCUUCGGUCUAGCCGACAGAGAGGAGAAAACCGUAGACGUCUAUUUCUAUGUGCUAACUGAUAAUGGCUACUUGGGGCCAGAGAAACUGCAUGGUGUCCUGGCGGCACAUAAAAAGGAGCUGCAGCUGCUUCUCCAUGCGAGUGUGAGCCAGGUGCAGGUAGAYGAGUGCGUGCAUGCAGAUUGCAAGACAUCCGGCGGCUGCUACACACAGCUAGGCAUCGGUGACUCUCCCACCUUGAUAGACUCCGGCCCUCUGUCCCUGGUCUCGGUGAAAGUGACAUCUUCGGCUGUGUGCGGCUGUGCUGCCAGAGAAAUGACCCACCGACCCUGCUCCUCCUACCCCAGCAACCCUUGCCGUAAUGGGGGGACAUGCAUCGACACACAGAAUGGAUACAGGUGCCGCUGCCCCCCACAGCUCGAGGGGCCAGAUUGUCAGCAGACGAGACUUAGUUUCCUUGGCAACGGCUAUGCCUGGUUUCCUCCCAUAAGGCCAUGCUUUGAUAGCCAUCUUUCACUGGAGUUUAUGACAGAGGAAGAUGAUGGACUACUGCUCUACGCGGGCCCCUUGGCCACUCUUUUAGCGUGGGAUACAGAAGACUACAUAGCAAUAGAGCUGAUUGGUGGGAUGCCUAGCCUUAAAAUCAAUCAUGGUUCUGGAACCCUGGUCCUCCAGUUAACAAAUGUCGGGGUGUCUGACCGACGCUGGCAUCGCCUUGAUGUGAAGAGCAACAGCAAAGAAGUGCGCUUCACUCUGGAUCGAUGCUCCAGUGCCAUUGUCAUGGAGGCGGAAGGUGUGGAAACAUGGGCCAUGACCGAGGACCGCUCRUCCUGCGAAAUCAGAGGGGUCACACCCAACAGGGACAGGUACCUGAAUGGAAGUCACGUGCUGCAGCUCGGAGGAGUCAACGAGAACAUCUCAUAUGAAUAUCCUCAGCUGCAACACAAGCACUACACGGGAUGCAUACGGAACCUGCUUGUAGACAGCAAGCUGUAUGACCUUGGUUCCCCUGCUGAAUCCUCCAACACUUUGCUUGGCUGCAGUCUUAUUGAUAACCACUGCACCGACGUGGAGCAGCUUUCCUCCUGUGGCAAGAGGGGCAGCUGUCACGGGGAGAGGGGCUCUUUCAGCUGCCUGUGUGAAAAAGGCUUUACGGGGCCGCGGUGCGAUCACUUGGCUCCGGAGUUUUCCUUUGACGGUCGGAGCCACGUUCAGCUCCAGCUGGGGUGGUCUCUGCCUGCGCGGCACACCAGAGUCCAGAUUGGGGUACGGACACGUGCCUCGGCCGGUGUCCUCCUCAGCCUGCUGUCCCAGGAGCAGAGUGAAUACCUACGCUUAGAGGUUGUUCAGGGCCUGCUGGCGGUUUUCUACAACCUUGGAGAUGGCGACUACAACGUCACGCUGCCCUACCAGCGUCUUGAUGACGGGGAGUGGCAUGAGGUGGAGCUGGAUCGCUACGGAAGAGAAUUUACCCUGAGGCUGGACGGAGGUGGGGGACGUCGGGAGGUCACAGCCUCGCCCGGCCAAAGUCAGGAAAUCAUCAUAGAUCCCUCGGUGGUCAUGCUUGGAAACUCUUUUCCUUCUGGACACAACCGCAGCUUCCUUGGCUGUUUGCGUGAUGUGAGGUUCAAYGGGCGCCCCGUACCCCUUGAUCAGGAACAGCGUUCGGAGGGGCUGCAGGUGGUCACGACGCAGGGUGUCUCUGUUGGUUGCUCCUCGGACGCCUGUAGAAAGCAUCACUGCUCCCCUCCCUUGGUGUGCGUGGACCUCUGGAGACAGCACGAGUGCAGGUGCCCCCCGGGCCACAUGACCAGAGAGAGCGCCUCGGGCCGGGUGUGCAUCUACACGCUGUGCGCCAGCCGGCCGUGCCGCCACGGCACGUGCGUGGCCCACUCGCCGUCGCGCUACUCGUGCCUCUGCAGCGAGGGCUACCGCGGGCGGCACUGCGAGGUGGCGCUCGCCGUGCUCCACAGCGAGGACAGCAACAGCCUCAGCCUGAGCUCCAUGUUCGCCAUCAGCAUCUGUGUCAUGGCCUUUCUAGUGUUGAUGCUGGGGCUGUUUCUUUACUCCUGCUGGAGGAGACACAAGGGCCUCAAGGAGGGCGUUUACCACGUGUCGGCGCACCACGGCGAGUGGGAGGACAUCCGAGAGAACGUGCUCAACUACGACGAGGAAGGUGGAGGAGAACAGGACCAGAAUGCCUUCAACAUGGUGGAGUUGCAGCGCUCCCUUCAGCCCAGCCCUGCGCAGUCGCUCCGCUACAGCUAUCCACAGAACAUCAGCUGCUACCCGCAGACUAAGCUUCCUCAGGACAACAACAAAAAGCUGUUGCUGACUGGGAACGGCAGUGCAGCCAUCGCUCUGCGUCUGGCGAUCCCCCCRUCAGAGGCAGAGACCUUAUCUUCCCCGUUGACCUUUCGCCGCUCUCAGCGAGCCUUUUCCUUCUCCAGCCAAGACCUGGCUCGCUACCUGUGCGAGGUCAUGAGGGACACGGAGCGCACCGAGGAGCUCGGCACCAUGACAACGCCGCGCCGCCUCCCCAACGGGAAGGAGCGCAGCCUCUCCUCGGUGCACUCGCUCAGCUCCCUCGAUGCCUCUCAGGGUUCAGAAGUCAGGCUCCAYGCGGCCCACAUGACCCGGAUGGACACGUUCAAAGCCCUCCGAGCGGUGGUGUGUGAUUUAAGAGGAGACUCCAAAGCUGCAGACGGCCAGAGAGCCAAACACAAGGAGAGCAGAGGGCAGCUGAACUGCCAGAAGAACAUGUGAGGCUGCAGUCUGCAAGGCAGAACUGCAGGUUCUGAGAAAGCAGCAUUAAUCAAAAGUCAAUGGUGUAAAUCCAAGGGGAGGUAAUUAAAUGUGAAAUACUUUGAGACUGAGAGCUCGCAGGGUCUGUGUGAAUUCUCCUAUAAAUGUACUGUAUUGAUGAAACUUUGAACACUUUGAUAUACAAGAUGUUUACCAAUGACUGAUCAGAUGUGAUGUUCUGUUUACUUGGCAUUGCACUGUACAAUGUUUAAUUCACAGAAAGCACAUUUUUKGAAGCGCCACCCUCCGUGUCACAACUAUUCAUGUCAUCAAACUCACAAUGUCUGCAAGCAAGAAGGCAAAUGAGUUUCCUGUGAGAAAACUGGAAUCUUUUUGUUGUUAAUGACUCAUGAAACCAUUUAUGUGACAAAAUGAAUUUGUUUUAUUUGUAUUAUCUAUUUCUUUU